AACACAGUUUUAUUUUUAUUUCACCAAUCACCAAAUGUGUGCCAUGUGCUCCAAUAACUUACAUUAUCUCCUGAGAAUCCUUUUCCCCUGUCUGAUCUUCUUGUCAUUUGCUGUUAUCCAACAAUGUGGUUCUCAGUUACUCCCACCCCUGCCGCCGCUAGUCCCAAUUCUCCCGCCCCUGCCGCCGCUAGUCCCCGGUCUAAUCAGUUUCUUGGAUCAAAGGAUUUCAAUGCUUCUCCCGGUAAUUCAAAACUUCAAGAAGACCAUCAUUUCCGAUCCGUUAGGGGUCACCCUUUCCUGGGUGGGUCCUAACCUCUGCAACUACAAAGGCUUCUACUGUGACCACCCGCCGGAUAAUGCCACUGCCACUGCCCUCGCUUCCAUUGACUUCAACGGCUUUCAUCUCACCGCCCCAUCGUUGGAUGGCUUCGUCGAUCAGUUCCCUGACUUGGCCGUCUUCCAUGCCAACAGCAACAACUUCUCCGGCGAGAUUCCUCCCGGAAUUGCUAAACUGCCAUUUCUCUACGAGCUUGAUUUGAGUAACAACAGGUUCACGGGCUCUUUCCCCACGUCCCUUCUCAACAUAAAGGAUCUGUCUUUCUUGGACGUCCGGUUCAACUCUCUCUCCGGCGCGGUACCUCCUCAGAUCUUCUCAAAACCUCUCAUUGCCUUGUUCCUCAACGACAACGGUUUCUUUCUAGGGCUUCCCGAUACCCUCGGAUCCACCCCGGCAGCAUACUUGACCCUUGCGAACAACCAGUUCGCCGGUCCGAUUCCGAGAAGCAUUGGAAACGCGUCGGCGACGUUACUCGAAGUCCUUUUCUUGAACAACCGGUUAACCGGUUGCAUUCCGGACGAGCUCGGGUGGUUAAGGAAGGCGACAGUCGUUGACGUCGGAGGCAACAGGCUGACCGGCCCAUUGCCAUGCUCUUUGGGGUGCCUGCAGAAUGCGGAGUUGCUGAAUUUUGCCGGAAACCUGAUAUACGGGCCGGUUCCGGAGGAGAUAUGCGGGUUGGGGAAGCUGCAGAAUCUAUCGCUGUCGUACAAUUACCUGUCAAAAGUGGGUCCGAUUUGCCGGAAGCUGAUUGCGAGCGGAAUACUUGACGUGAAGCAGAAUUGUAUUCCGGCGAUUCCCAACCAGAGAUCGGCGGCAGAUUGCGCCGCGUUUUAUAGAAAUCACAACGGGCAACAGUGUCCUAGCCGUGAGUCUUGUAACCCCAUUUCCUGCGGAAAUCAUAGCUUUACUCCAACCGUCACUAAACCAAGACCCAAUAGGCAUUUGCUUACAUACUCUGCUUUGGCGGGACACAAACAGCCUAAAUAUGCAUUCUAGGCUCUCACUUAAAAAUACUCCGUAGAUAUUACUCCGUAAUUUGUGGAGCCUAGAAUAUGCAUUCUAGGUUCUCCCUUAAAAGCUAUGAAUGUUCUCACAAAUUAAACUAUAGCUCCUCAAUUCUUAAGUGAUGUUAGGCCAUGUUUUAUUCACUUGAUUUGAAUAGUUCUAAUAGAUUCUGAUCCGACCU